ACAGCCACUCCCCUUCAGCAAACUCCGUGUUACUGGAAUUUACUUGUCCAACGCGAUGAGAAUUUUGUACUCUUGAUCAGAAAUACGUCGCCCCGGGUUUUGUCACUAACACCCGGCUGAAGUAGCUGUUGACAGAAAAUGGAGCCGUCCUCACAGUCACUGGUCUACUUCUCAGGACUGGCGGCUAGAACGCUGACCUAGGCCGUCUUGUAUAGACACUGUAAGUGUUUGUACAUGGAGGCGGGGAGGUGAGUCUACAGCGAGCAGUGGAGCUGUCAACUCUUGCCGGGCAAGACAACUUUUGUACCUUUUGACAAUCAUUCGAAGCUAGUGAAUAUAUAAAUGCUAGUAUAUCAAGCGGAUGCAUGGUUGUUGAGCAUAGCAGAAGCAUCAGACUACAACUUUUGAGGUAUAAAGUCAAUUCGCAACUUGCCACAACUAUUUACUACCAAGUCGCCCCAAGUUAGGAAAUACUGACUCGUCAAGGAAUCUUGUGAGGUGACAUGGCGACCAGACUGCAGGGAGUGGACACACUCCCGCCCCUGCCGGUCCCUUCUACCGACGUGCCGCACCAUGUGAGCCGGCUGAGCCUGUGCCCGGGACCCGCCAGCCGACAGAACGGUCACCGGUCCUCCAGCCGGGCCAGCGGGCUUUCUGCGGACAGUCGCCACGCUCUGAACGCCCGCUGGCAGAACAUGCUGAAGGCGGUCUCACCUGUCGUCUCGCUCAUGAAGAGAGCUGGCAAGGGAACCGUGUCCAGCGAUGUUCCUUCAUCCUCACGUCUACAGAGGAAAAAAAGCUUCAGCUCUACUGCUAAUGUUCAAAGUUUUGACCGAGAUGCGUCCAUGCGGCUGGAGGAUUACAUCAACCUGCAGCACCUGCAGCAGCUGAUGGAGAAGUUCCAGAUGCACCGGCCCGCUGAGCAUCAUGGGAGCACCAAGUUGAAGAGAGAGGCUGGUAACAUGACUCUGGAUGAGUUUAAAGAAGCCGUCUCCUCCACUCUGGGAACACGCUCAUGGAACGACCAGAUAGAUGCUCUCUUCAAAAAGAUGGACACCAGCUGUGAUGGGCUGAUAGACUGGAAUGAGUUCUGUACCUACAUGCUGCUGCAGUAUCGGGAAAAUGACUACAUGCGCACCAAGCGGGACAUUCCAUUCAGAUCCCUGGCUCACAUCAAGCAUUGUGUCUUUAACAAGCAAGAGCCCACCACCAAACUCAUCUAUAUUGAGAAUCCUAGUAGAUAUGUCAGCUUUAGUAAGGAGGGUGUGAUAGGGAUUUGGGACACGUCUGUUCGCUUGUUAAGAACAUACGAGUUACCAGGAGAAGGGGAUGAAGGCAGGAAUGGGAAGCGGCAGUUCAAAGCGUGGGUUACCGACGCCAUCUACCUCCCAAACAUGAACAAAAUCGUCAUAGCAACAACAAGUCGAGACCUCCAUUUCUUCGACAUUUCUACCAGUUCAUAUUUUGAAGAGUUCCACUUAUACGGGUUAACAGAUGUUCCCACAUGUUUUGACUACCAUUAUGAUCCAAAGAACCCCAACAAUAAAGCCUGUCUUCUGUAUGGAGAUGAGAGUGGGUGUAUAAAUCUGCUGUACUUCAAAACACCACAGUCAGGACAGUUUGAGAGGCCUUUCUCACACGACGAAGGAGUCCAGAAAAUCUACCUUCCUGAAUUACCCCAACACUCCAAAUAUGUCCAGCUAGUUGUCCUGGACAGCAUCCACCCUGAGGGUAUCAGACAGAUCCUGUACUGUCCCCACAACAACGUGGUGCUGUCCUCCAGUGGCAGCCAUGUCAGCUCUGUUGUGAUGAUGGACAUUUCACGCAAGAAGAAGACGUAUGUUUUCAAGGUUUCCAAGGGUGUGGAGUGUUUUGACUACAAUAAACAGAUGAACAUCAUCGUGACAGGCAGCUCUGACCACAGAGUUCGCCUGUGGAACCCCUACGUCACCAGUAAACCCAUCACUGUUCUGAGCGGGCAUCACACCACCAUCAUCGAUGUCAAGCUGUUUGAACCCAUGAACCAAGUCUUCAGUUACUCCAAGGAUGCUAUGUUGAAAGUGUGGGAUGUGAAGGACCACUCGUGUCUGCAGACUGUUGUCCUGAAGUUCCCCUGCCUGGUGAAUGGGCGUGUCCCAGAGUACGGAGCCUUCCCACUCUGUCUGGUGCUCAGCAAGAACACACUUCUGGUCACAUGUCAGGACUAUAUAGGUCAACUAAAGCUUGGUGUGAAGAAAGUCAAGAGUCCUUUACCAACUACCCACAAUGCUCCACUCUGCACGGCCAUCUAUAACCCACAUUACCAUCAGGUGGUGACAGGUAGUGAUGACUCGACUGUGGCAGUGUGGGACAUUGAGACAGGAAACAAGUCCCUCAUGUUCACUAACGCACAUGGGGAUGAGGAGAUCACAUGUAUGACCUUUGACACCUCCCUGAGAAGACUCAUCACUGGAGCUAGAGAUGGAACAAUCAAGAUCUGGAACUUUCAAAAUGGCCACAACCUGCACAAGUUGGAGGGUGUUGGAGAGGCAGAGGUCACAGGGGUCAUCCCACUGGACAGUCCCAAGGUCAUCCUGUCAGUUGGGUGGAGCAGGAAAAUUGUUCUGUAUGAUGACAGUGAGGCAGAUAACAUGUACGUGACAGCCAACACCAGUUGGAAGGGAGGGCAGGCACAUAAAGAUGACAUCCUGUCCGUGGCACACUGUCCGCCCAAUCUACUCGCCACUGCCAGCUUCGAUGGUGACCUCAUCGUCUGGAGUAUGGAGACACAGAAAAUCUUCCUCAGGCUGAGGAGGGGACAUCACAGCAGAAACAGUAGAAGAGUCCCUGCAUCUGCAGACAGUCUCUCCUCCCAGGACAGUCAGGAACAGCAGCCCAGGGAGAAACGACGCAGACGAUUCAGACACAGCAGAGGCCCCACCCCUGUAGACCAGCUGCUGUUCCUAUCCAAGCGGGCAGCAGGGCGGCCGUCAGACUGUGGUAUUCUCAUCAGUAGUGAGGCUGGAACCAUCAACUGGUGGUGCAUCUAUGGCACCAAGCACCACAUGGGUUAUUUCUAUGCACCUGACACAGAAGAUGAGUCAGUGUUGGGCCUGGCCACAAGCCCAGACAAUAAUGUACUUGUUACUGGUGACACCAUGGGCUACAUAUCUGUAUGGGACAUCACUGACUACUGUGUCAAGAUGAGCCACAAUCUCAGGAGAGUAAAGUAUCGUCCCCCACGGUUAGCGUACUGGCGAGCCCACCACAGUGCUGUAGUGAGUGUGGAGUAUGUGGAUCAUGAGGAGCGCCCGUUUGUUGUGAGUGCGGGGACUGACAAGACAGCACGGCUGUGGACCAUGGAGGGACACUAUGUGGGAACAUUUGGACAGGAGAAGAAGUGGAACUUGAAGAGACCUUCAACAUACGAGUAUCCAAACAAUCCUUGGCUGACAUCUGACACAGAACACACACCUCCUGAAGAGGAUACAUCAGACCCUGUGGCUCAAGAAGUCAGCGGGGAAAAAAACGACUCAGAGACAACUGUAAGACCAUCAGUAGAAGCUACAGAAGCUGGUAAGGAUGAGAGUGGAGUGGAGGAGACAGAGUUGAUGUUUGUUGAUGAUGUAAGACCAUCAGUAGAAGCUACAGAAGCUGGUAAGGAUGAGAGUGGAGUGGAGGAGACAGAGCUGAUGUUUGUUGAUGAUGAGGAGAGAGAGGCAGAGGAGGAGGAGGAGGGGGAUGACGUGGCACAGCUGCCAGUCCUGCCUGUGUCCAGAGGACUUCCUGCUACUGCACAGCCUGUCAAAAGAUUACUGACCAGUCAGAGUGAUGACGUUGCAGUGAGAGGUCUGCGUGGCCGAGCUCACACCUUCAGCACCUUAAAGUACAUGACCAGAUCCCAGUCCUUUACUAUGCCAAAGACAUUGUUAGGUCAUCGUGUGGAGGAGAAUCUGCAUCGAAAGAUCUUCACCCGUCAGGAGAGAAGGAGUCAUUAUGGAGACAUCAAUGUGAAGGCUACAGCACCACUGGGUACCCAGUGUUCACCUUUCCAGGCUCUGUCCAUGCCGGAACUGCAGCAGGUGUACCUCCCCUCCAGCCUUCCCAUGAGCCCCCGCAUGGUGAGUCGGGGCAUGGCUGCCACCACCGAGUCAGAGCUGGGCGACCUUCCGCUCGCCGCGACUCCUGUUCCAGACGACAACGAUCACGAGUCCGCCGACAGAUCCUCCGUGUCCCAGGGGAGUAAAAAGUGGACUGCCGGGAGGAAGGUGUCAGCUUUCAACAAACUUAACAAGUUGCCUGCUAUUAAGAGUGUGAAAUGAAAUAAACCAAAAACUGAUUGAAUGGGUUGAAAAUCCAUAGUCACAUUAUUACAAGUAGGUUUGCCUUUUACAUGAUGUCCCAGAACCCAGAGGUCCUCUGUUUGAAUCCUUUCAUGUCAUCAAUCUUGUUUCCUUGUGAAAGGCACUUUACAUGACUUUCCUCACUCCAUCCAGGUGUAAAAAGGCAGUGGAAUAAGAGGAUGGGCUCCUCCUUCCAAUACAAUUCCCUAAAUACAGCGGAUAACAACUCACUGCCCCUGCAGUCUCAAAAAGGCUAUGGGAAUACCUUAACCCCUUUUUUACCUUUCUACAUGUAUCUGUACCAUCCAGCUAUCCUUUAGCAUAAUUUAAUGAGUUGCAAUGGCCACAUGUACAAAUGUAGAUGGUAAUAAUUGUAGAUUUACAUUCUGUGAUGAUAGCCUGACUGUAUAUAUGUUGGACAAGUAUCAUUGCUUCUCACAUGUAUCAUUCUUAGGAACUCUGAGACUGUUGAAUGUAAUUAUCUUGUACAGUAAUUUGAUUGGACUAGAAAUGUUGUCAGCUGGUCUGGAUUUCUCUGACUAAUGUGUCACAGCAAAGGUACAAUUUUUUGGCAAUGCCUCAGGGGUGUAGGCAUUUAUUGUAUAUUUAGCUGUGGCGUUUAAGUGUGACUUACUGGCUUUCAAAGUUGCAAAUGAUUUAUGCACUGUACCUUGUAUAGUUUCAGAAUACUUUGUAUUUUAUAUAUCUUUGUAUUUGCAAUAUUAAUAUUCAUGACACAAAGUGCCAAGGAUGUUAUACAGUAAGCUAAAAUCUUGAAAAUAUUGUAUGAUAUUAAAUCCUGAAAAGAUUGUAUGAUAUUAUGAGCAUAU